AUAACCUUAUUUGUUCCUGCAGGAAGAUGUUUGUAAACACAGCAUGAACAGGGCUAAACUUUAUAUGAAAACUACUGUAACAAACUGCUUAUAAGUCAAGCGUCAGUUACAUAUGCUGUGGUAAAAAAAUACAGGGCGGGCUUUUGAGCAGCUCGUCAGUAUGGCACAUCAAUCGUGAAACAAACCAACAGACCCACAGAUGUGGAGAUGGGUUGACGUUUGUGGUUUGUACGUAUGAAACCAUAUAAAGUAAAAUACUCAUACUUCCUCAUUUCAUGUCAGGCGAGAGCAACACAACAUCACAUUAAAGAGUUUGCAGUCGUCAUACAGCAGUGUGUGAUGAUGACAUCCCUAAAGAGAUGGUGUCUCCUCCCCCUCGCUGCCUUCCUCCUCCUGUCCUUCGUUCCCGCAGUAACUGAAGUGGUGGAUUCAAUGUCAGACUGUGACCAGUUUCUCCUUAAUGGAACUUCACCCCAGGUCCCAGGAAUCUUGGAGGGCGGGAACAUCCUGAAAAAGAGCCGAUACAAACCCAUUUGCCAGACUUUUGAUAACGUGAGAAGGUUUGUGACGCUCUACGACACCCAGAACAAGAUUCCAGUGUUUUCUGCUUACAAGUUCAGAGGGGAAAACGAGACGGGAAGACCCGAUACCCCUUGGAAGAUCGAGCCACAGCUUGAAGAAAGAAACAGCAACAACAUGAGGGACGACAAAUACCACCACCAGGCCACCAACGAUGAUUAUAAAAAUAACAGCGUCUAUAAUAGGGGGCAUUUAUUUCCAGCUUCUCAUGCAUUUGAUAAAAGUGAAAAAAUCUCAACGUUCACCCUGACAAACAUCGUUCCACAAGCGGUGACUUUCAACGGUGGCAGCUGGGACAAAAUGGAGAAAUGCAUCAAAUGUGUCCUGGAAAAGUACUGCAUCAACAAUAAUGAUGUCCUCGAAGGCUUUGUGGUGACCGGGGCUCAACCCAGCAACAACAACAAACAUAACAACAAAAUUAAUAUUCCCUCCAUGCUCUGGUCAGCUUUCUGCUGCUACAGUCGCGACAUGAAAAAGUGGAUAGCGAGCGCGCACUGGGGCGACAACACUGCAGAAUCUAAAUCUAAAUAUCUGCAGACAAAGAGUUUGGAAGACCUCCAUCACGAACUGAAGACAGCAGGCUCUGAAUUUAAUGUGUUUCCUGGAACACAGUGUCCUCUCCGCACAACUGUUGCUGAGUUCUACCCAAAAUUAAAGAAAAACUGCCAAUGCCCGCCCAAUGCUUCCACCAGAUCUGCCCGUCGCACUACCACAACCACUAGUACAACUACAACCACCACCAAAACUACAAAGAAUAAUUCAGAAAAUAACGAGGGAGAAGGAGGAGAAGGUGGUGGUGCGCUGGGAAUGGGGGGGGUGGGGUUCUCUGGGAGGCAACCAGACAUCAGCGACCUUCAUCCCACAACGUCUGAACCCCAAACAAACACGACAGCGCAGCACCUCAGCUUCUCCACUUAUAGCCCUCGGUCUUCUUCAGCUCCUUCUUUAACCUCUUACUCAUUAUGUUUAUACAUAUUUUGUAUAUUGAUUUGCAUACCUGAUUAACAGCUAAGCAAGUACAAUCAUAUUGGACGAUGCCAGUGUACAGUGUCAGUUUAAGAAGGGCUAGAUGUGUUUUCCAUCUCAUAAAAGUGACCCUUAAUGAAAAUGUAACCUUGAUGACAAUGUCUAACCAUAACCAAGUAGUUUGAGUUGCCUAAACAUGACCAUAGCUUAAUUCUGCGGUUGCCACAUGUUGAAAUGUGAAAAAAAAUUAUUUUAAAAUCUUGACUGUUAACCUUUAAAAACAUUUUAAAUGAAUCUUUAAAUGAAUUCAACACACUGACUGUUGAAUUUAGAUUUUUUUUUCUACACUUGAUCUGCAGCUCACGUAUAAUAAAAUUAAUCAAAUCGC